UAUUUCCCGCCAGUUGAAUCCAAAGAGUCGAAGAAGAAGAAGUAACUAAAAGGGUUUGAAUUCACAUUUUCACUCUCUGCAAUCUCUCCUUCACAUCUUCAUCAUUCAAGUUUCGAUUCAUAAACGCACUCUUUCAACGAGUAAGGAUUCGGAAAUGGACACUUCAAACCCUGCAGUUUUUGUAAACGCCGAGCUUCUGCGUAUGUAUAUGGGGCGAAAAGUUAGGACAGUUAUUCAGGUUAUUCGAGUUGACGGAGGUAAUAACAGUGUUAUUGGAAAGUCAACAGACGGAAGAGAAUUGGUUGUGAAAGGCUCCCCGCCUCGAUCAUUGACGACUUUUGUUGAAGUCAUUGGUAUCGCAGACAGUAACCAGUCUAUUGUCGCCGAAAAAUGGACCAAUUUUGGCGACAGUUUCGAUAGCAACAACUACAACCAGCUCUCUAUACUUGCUAAUGGGGAGUAUAAACACUUAUUUAUCUAAUCAAAUUAUUAAUGUAUCCAAUGAAACUUUUUCUAUUUGGUUUUUGUUCAGUAUGGAUACUAUUGUUUGUUUUUAAUAGCUAAUUAAUU